AUUUCCGUUAACGCGACUCUUUCUUUAUACGACUCUGAGCCAAUGGGUUGCCAUGUUAAACCGUUGCCAGGAAGUGACGUCGCUUAGCUACCAGACACCGUCACGUUGACGAAAAGGUAGCCUCUCCUCUAUCCCGCUAAAGAAUAUUGUUUUUCAGUGAAGCUUUUCUUUACAUUCAAACUGCUUCUUGAAGUAAAUGCAACUGUAACGUGACUGUGACGAUUUGCCAGGUUUAGUGUUGAGGACGUCUGCCAUGUUCCAUCACGGUGAACUAGAAGGUGAAGUGGAUCAUUCAUUUUUCGACAGUGACUGUGAUGACAGCAGCAGAGACAAAGUGGAAAACACUGAGAGAGGCUGGAAUGCUAAAGAGGAGAGACCACCAGCACCUGAGAGGCUACAUGCGAAACAGACGGAAAAAAACAAAGAUUGCCCUCCAAGGACUGAUGGGACAAAAAUACCUCUAAAGCUAGUCAAAGAGAACAGUAGCAUCAGAGCAGAAAAUACAGAGAACCACUCUCAAUUAAUAGAAGAGGGUGUAUCAUCAUCAUUUGCCUCUGGAACUGAUAAGGCCGAACAUAUGCGUAUGUAUAACAGUGAUGGUGACGCAAACUCUAAUUUUCAGUCUAAAAGGCACAACGGAACACUUUUGGAGCUAUUGGAUGAGGCCAAGGAGGUAGAUUGUAAGAUUGUGUACAGCCAGAGCUCAAGUGAGUAUGAAGAAGAUUCAUUGCCAGCCAAACAAAAGAAACAAUCUCCAAAAAAACAGAUAAGAAAUCGUCACACCCGCAGUCCAUCCCCCGAUUCAACUGAGAGCAGCAUUGAUGCAGACUCAGAGAGCUCCUGUACGAGCAGAAAUGGGAGAAGACGUGUAGAUUCUCCCGCCCUUCCCAGACCCAGAAAGCCUUCCUCAUCCCCUGGAGGGAGAAGGACCCCAGGGGGCUCCGCAGGAUCUCGGGACAGGCCUACGAGCUGUACAGAGGAGUCGGAGGACACCGUGACAGAUGUGAGCCCCCUCUCUUCUCCUGACAUCAGCCCUCUGCAGUCAUUGGACUUGAACCACACGGAAGCUGAAGAGCCGCAGCGGAUGGAGAGUGGGCCCUCCAGUGGCCUGAGCAAAAUGCUCCCGGAUGAGGACUCGGAUCAGGAUGUAGAUGAGUACUCCCUGGGUUCAGAGAGUCAGCUCGGAGGGAAACUGGUUUUCUGCAGUACUGCAAGAAACCGGAAGAACUACUCGUUCACCAAUGAUGAGGUGCAGCGCAUAGAUCGGGAGAACCAGCGUCUUCUCCGUGAGCUUUCACGCCAGUCUCCGGGGCCCAGACCAGGAAGAAAGGAGGGCAAGAAAACUCCCGUGGCCAGCAAGUUGCCUCGUAGUUGCCUCUCUCACAGCGCACUCAACAGGCAACGGGAACAGCAACGCAUCGAGAGGGAAAACUUGGCUUUCUUGAAGAGGCUGGAGUCCGUCAAGCCAACACCCGGCCUAAAGCGCGCUGAACAACUGAUGGACUACCAGCAGCACGCCGCAAUCAUGGGAGCGCCUUCGUACCCCGCCUCUAUGUCCACCACAAAGUCAGACAGGUCCUCCAGCAAGACCCCCCCAGCAGGUCCCAGGCCAGCCAGUUCCACCCAACAAAGCUCCAGAGCGGUUUCCACUAAUAACUUCAGGAAAAUUCCCUUACCCAAGACGGGUGCAGCCUGGAGCUGAAAACAUUUUCAUUUCCAUUAGAAAAGGUGACGUUGCCAUGGUACUUAGCUUGAAGCAUCUUUUCUGCACCGGUUAUACUCUUCGUUGAAUCAACCAACUAUUUAGCGAUUUCUAUUGUCAUGCUUAGAAGGUGAACUUUUUCCCCAUAGCAAGCGAUUGAUUGUAGCUCAGAAAUAUUUACUUUCUGAGCUACUUUGCUUUAUUUUUAAGAAUGUGCUACACUUUGACAGCUGUGUUAAAUAACAAUAAACCGUUUCAGAGAGAAACCUUCCAUCAAAUCUUUCCAUUUAUACUGUUCAUGUUGAAAAGUUAUGUUUUGAAAACAAUAAAGAUAUUUUAACUAUUAA